GCUGUGAACUUGGGUCUCGACGGAGUCUACCUCAGGAAGGAAUGAUUUAUGUCGCUUUGAAAGAAAAAUCAAAUGCUACUGAUGAAUCGUCGAACAAGACCAAAAAUACUGAAAGAAAACGGCAUCUGAAGAGGAUGGCGAAUGAACCAGAGGAGGAUCAAUCCAGAAAACGGAAAAAGUGGUUGGAAGAUUUGUCAGUUCUUUCAUCUGACGAUGAAGAUAAUUUAUCUACAAUAUCAACUAACGGAGGAUUGAAUCCUAACACUUUUGAUAAAGAUAAAGUCUACCUGCGAUUCCCAUAUUAUUUGGGCAGUGACAGUAGUGAAGAUGAGAUAGAAAUUAAAUGUUUCCCAAAAGUUCCUAAAGUAAAAAGGGAAGAAAAAUCUAUUCUUUCUUCUUCAGAUGAAUCUAGAGAUGAUACAAAUAGUAAAAAUCAUAGUUACAAACAUACCAAGAGGAAACAAAAGUCGGAUAUAAAUUCUGUAAAAAAUACCAGAAGUCAAGAUUCUGCAACUAAGAAGAAACCCCAUAAAGAAUCUAGAGUUGCGAAAGAUGAGGUGAUGAACAGGAAGCAACUAAAAAAAGCUUUAAACUCUUUAAUUAAUUGCUCAGGAAUCGUUGACAAGGUUAGACCCAGUGAAGAUAAAGGAGAUUGUCUUUUAGAAGAACAGCUGUUUGAGAAUGAUCAACUUAAUCCGUCAAACAGUAGAUUCCUGGAUUCCAGUUCAGAGAACUCAGAUAAAGAUGUAUUUGUAAUCAAAACUAAACCAACCAGGUACAGAAGGGUACAUAUUUUGUCCACCAGCUCAAGCAGUGAAGAAGAUUCAACAAAAUCUAGUCUGCCACUGAGUAACUUAGAAAAACCAAAAGACACUCAAUCAAAGGACACUAAAAGGAGAAAAAAUCACAGAAGUGUUCAUUUAAUGUCCUCCAGUGAUGAUGAAGAGUCUGAAAAUGCUUGCUUGCUUGAGAACUCUAAACAAUCAGAGGAACUUGCAGGAAGCACACAAGAAAAUAUCUCCCCUGAACCUGAUAAAUGUGCAUCUCAAACCAAUUUUAGGUUUCUAGAUCCAAUAAAACCAUUGAGUAAUGCGAAUGCCUGGACUAGCAUAGCUGACAUCAAAUCUCAGAAUAACAAACAAUCAAAGGUUCAGGAGUUGAAAAGAAAGUUUGUGCCGUCCAAUGCUUCUUCAGUCGCAAUAUACAAGCAAAUACAACAGAGGCAAUCAACUAAGAGUAAAGCAAAUCCACCAAGGCGUAAUUUGAAACACCAGCCAAACAAAACCCAUUUUGGAGUAGGUAAUGAAAACAAGACCACUUGUGAUGUUGAAGUUAAUGAUGGACUUUCCACAAGUACAUCUCAAAUACACAAUAAAUUUGAAAGCAUAUCAUGUGAUGCAAAAGAAACAAUUAGUUCUGAAUCAUCAGUUAAUCAAGAAACAAGAAAAGAUAGCCUUAUGGAUAAUCGUGAAAAUAGUGCUGAAAUACCUAAUAUAACAACUUCAACUUCGGUUAGUAGCACAAAUCCUUCUGUGUUUGGGAAAAAAAUACGCCAAGCACACCACAGAGAGAUAAACAAACUUGAUGAUAAUAAUAGAUUGUAUCAAAAUAGUAGGCCUAAACCACCACAUUCUAAAUCAAAUAAGAAGAAACUGUCUACAGACAACAAGUCACUAGAAGAGCAACAAUCUUCAUCAAGUUCUUCCACAACCUGUGAUGUUCUUGGAAAUAUUAUGUCUCAGAUGGAUAGCAACCCUUUUAAAGUCCAAUCAGUGCCAGUUAAAAAGACGGGACCUUCACAGGAUAAGCUUGGAUGGUUUCCCCCAGGUAUUUACCCACCGGCUUUGUGUGGACAACCUCAAAAUGCAGUAGGAGUCCCACAAAUCAGGAUGUAUGGUACAAUAAAGUCAACUACUGGAUCCAUUAUGCCUGAAGCGAGCAAUCCAAAUAGCACACUUAGGAAUAUUCCUAACCCAAGCUACAACCCUUUGUGUUUUGCUACGGGAAUCAACAUUGCCAAUCAACCAGUCGUUCGGACUGAAACUAGUCGUUUGGAAAGGAGUAAUCAGAAUCUUCCUCAAGCCAACAAACUUACGACUGAAGCGAGCAAUCCAAAUAGAACACUUAGGUAUAUUCCUAACCCAAGCUACAACCCUUUGUGUUUUGCUACGGGAAUCAACGUUACCAAUCAACCAGCCGUUCGGACUGAAACUAGUCGUUUGGAAAGAAGUAAUCAGAACCUAUCUCAAGUCCCUAAGCCCCAAGGGGAAAAAAUCAAUGAAAACUCUUGUGGUUUCUCAUCUGUAUCAUGUGGUGGACAAAAGUUAGUUUCGUUUUACUCAGCUCCUCAAGAAGAUUAUAUGGGUAAACUUAUAAUAUCACAGGAUGAAGUUGUAAACAAUCUUAAAAAUAGUUCUACACCAUCUGAAAAAUCUGAAGCCAAUGGACACCUUAAAAGUACCCACACUACAUUACUUCAAAAUAACAAAUCUGACAACCUGACAUUAAAACAUAAUAAAAAUUCCAUAACUCAAGACUCAGGCCUUACUGCUGAGAGACAAACCAAUGUUUCCUGUAAAAUCCCUCAGAUUGUUAAUGAAAAUCACACCCUCCAAAAUAUAAACCAAAAAGACAACUGGUCCAUAAGACCACAGACUCCAUUUACUUCAAGGGGAAAUGGUGAAGUUUGUAAAACUUCCCAAGAAAAUAACAAUCCUAAAGGAAUCAGAAUAAGACUUUGUGGUGAAGAGUUUCGAUUAUCUGCAAAACAACCAUCUAAUGCAAAUACAAUUUGCAAUGUUUCUAAAAAAGACGCACCUGGGACAAAUAAUUGUGAUAGACAGGGUGAUAAUGUUGAAAAUAAUUCAAAAUCCCCAAAGAAAACUUCCCCUGUUUCUCCCACUACAAGUUCGUCUUCUUCAAGUUCAUCCGAUGAUAGUUCUUCUGAUAGCAGUGAUGAAAGUACAAAAUCUAGUUCUACGGCAGAUUCAGACUCUUCAGUUCGUACAGUAAAGAAUUUAAGUUUAGCUCAUGUUGACUCUAUCAAUGAACCUAAACGUUUAUUAACUACAGGAGUUUUGUGUACUAAAGUUACCUCAAAGGAACAAUCCUAUGAAAAGGAAAACCAAUUGGUACAUCCAGAAGUGCCAUCAUCGUUAACAAAUAUGCCUACCCUAGAGAAAAAUAUGGACAGCAAAACAUUUUUGAAAACACCAGAAAAUGUUGUCUACACUGAUGUAAUCGUGCUAUCAGAUUCUAGUGAUUCUGAAAGUGGACAGCUACAUGACAAGGAAACCAACACUCGAGAUUUAGAUGCUGAUAAUCACAUAGAAAUCCCUUGCAGUGAUACAGGUACAACACCUUCUAAGUCUGGUCCACCAGCAUCAAACAGUGUAGGAAAAAUUAGGGUGAGGAAUUUAUUAGAAUUAGGCGUUAUUCCCAACCCAGAAAUUGAAAAUGCACUAAAACCCACGUCAAUGGAUCCAGUUAUUGUGGCUCAAAACAAAGAGUCCGAGAUAUUGCAGACAGAAACUUCAUAUUCAAAUAAUACAAAUCAACAGGCAAUACAUCCAGGAAGAGAGGAUUAUGUUUGUAGCCUACCGACUAAACCUGCUGGGUUAAAUUCUAACAGUAAUUUAAAUGCAUCUCCUGAUCCAAUGCCUACUAUUGUUGAAGUCUUAUCCCUAGCUCAAAACAAUGGUACUGCAAAUCCCAGUUUUGGUGAAAAUAUUCAUACAAAUAAUUCUCAAAUGACCUCAAAAGAUUUGAACUCCAGCAACGACAAACCUGUUAACAAUACUCCUAAUUCAAACAGAGUUACCACAGAAAAUCUUUCUCAAGUUCAAAGCAAACCUGAUAAGCAAAAGGGAAAAGCGAAAAAACUGCUAGGUUGCCAGUUGCUGGCAAAAGCAAGUUUUCGCAUUAAAAAUUCAAAUUCCAGUUGCAAGAGGGGAUAUAAAUCAACAAGCCCAGCCCAGACAAGCCAACCCUCUUAG